CACAGCACCAAAAUACAAAUAUAAUUAUUUGUUAUUUUUUUAUUAAUAUUAUAAAAAAAUAAUUUUUCUAUAUAAAUAUAUAUAUAAAUAAUAUAUAGUAUACUAUAAAAACAAUGUUAAAGAAUUCUUUAUUAUCUAAAAACAAUCAAACAAAUUUAAACAUUUUAUAUAGAUACUAUAGCAACAUUUCAAAUACUAAAAAUUCACCAAAGGGUUUUAAAACUGGUACAUUUGCUUGUGGUUUAAAAAAAAGUGGAGCACUCGAUAUUUGUUUAGUUUACUCUGAAAAAGAAUGUAAUGUAGCAGCAGUUUUCACAGAAAAUAAAGUUAAAGCAGCACCAGUUUUAUUGAGCAAAUCUUUAAUCGACAAGUUUAAUAAUAAAGGUUUCCAAUCUUUAAUUAUUAAUAGUGGUGGCGCUAAUGCAUGUACUGGUCCAGAGGGUGAAAAAAAUGCCAAUACUAUGUCAACUUUAUCAUCAAAUUUGGUUAAUGCAAAACAACCAUCAUUGGUUAUGUCCACUGGUAUUAUUGGUCAACAAUUAGAUAUGAUCAAGGUUCAAAAUGGUAUUAAAAAAGCUGCAGAAAAUUUAAAAGAUGAUUGGUUAUCUGCUGCCAAAGCAAUUAUGACAACUGAUAAAGUACCAAAAUUAGUUCAAAAGUCAGUUGAAAUUAAUGGCAAAACAGUUAAUGUUACCGGUAUUUGCAAAGGUGCAGGUAUGAUUCAUCCAAAUAUGGCAACCAUGUUAUGUUGUAUUUGUACCGACGCUGACAUUUCAGAAGAUGCUUUAAAGUCAGCUUUAAAACACUCAAUUGACUAUUCAUUCAAUUCAAUAAACGUAGAUGGUGAUAUGAGUACCAAUGAUACUGUUGCUAUCUUUUCAAAUGGUGUUGCUGGUAAUCAAAAGCUUACUGACACCAAGAGUACCGAGUUUUUAAAUUUCCAAAAAUGUGUUAGAGAAACCGCUACCGAAUUGGCUCAAAUGAUUGUAAAAGAUGCUGAAGGUGCCACCAAAUUCAUUAGUAUUAUUGUUAGAGGCGCUGCUGAUGAAGCUUCUGCCAAAGUUGUUGCAAAUUCAAUUGCAACCUCAUCACUUGUAAAAACAGCUAUCUAUGGUGAAGAUGCUAACUGGGGUCGUGUUUUGGCAGCUGUGGGUUAUAGUGGCGCUGAUGUUACACCAUCUAAAAUCUCAAUGUGGUUCUCUGCUGGUGAUGGUAAAAACAUUGGUAUUGGUCAAAAGAAUGAUCCACAAAACUCCAUGCAAUUCCUCAAAGAUGGCCAACCAACUCCAAAAGAUGAAGAAAGAGCUGCUAAAUUAUUAUCAAAUAAAGAUGUUGGUAUCAUUGUUGACUUAAACCAAGGUAAUACUGAUUACACAAUGUGGACAUGUGAUUUAACUGUUGAAUAUGUCAAAGCUAAUUCACAUUACAGAACUUGAUUUUUUUUAAAAAAAAAAAAAAAAAAAAAAAAAAAAAAAAUUCAUACAAUAAACAAUAAAAUUAACCAUUUUAUAUAAAUUAAAUUUAUUUAUAUUUAAAAAUGGUCAAUAUAUUUCAAUAAAAUAGUAUUUGGAAUUUUCAUUU